AAAGAUAAGGAAGACCAGUGGCUAGAGAAAAAAGUGCAGGGUAGUAGAGAUCACAUCAUCUUAGAGCAUCUUCAAUGGACCAUGGGUUACGAAGUACAAAUUACAGCUGCCAACAGACUGGGUUAUUCUGAACCAACAUUGUAUGAAUUCAGCAUGCCACCAAAGCCCAACAUUAUUACAGACACUCUUUUUAAUGGUCUUGGACUUGGUGCUGUCAUUGGCCUGGGAGUGGCAGCCCUUUUGUUAAUCCUGGUUGUGACUGAUGUUAGUUGCUUCUUUGUACGACAAUGUGGAUUGCUAAUGUGCAUCACCAGGAGGAUCUGUGGGAAAAAGAGUGGUUCAAGUGGGAAAAGUAAAGAACUGGAAGAAGGAAAGGCUGCUUACUUGAAAGACGGAUCAAAGGAGCCAAUAGUGGAAAUGCGAACAGAGGAUGAAAGAAUUACCAAUCAUGAAGAUGGGAGUCCAGUAAAUGAGCCAAACGAGACAACUCCCCUCACAGAACCGGAGUAA